AUGGUGAAUCCUCCAAUACAGCCCCUGUCACAUCUGCUGUACCCCAGGAAUCUGAAAAGUUUACGACAUCCCAGUAUUGUGAGAUUCCUUGCCUCCGGAGAUCGAUCCAGUCAUACCUACGUUGUGGCUGAGCGGGUGGUGCCUGUCCUCAGUAUUUUGGAGACCCAUUCCUCUAUUGAGAUAUGUGCUGGACUCUUCUCUGUUUUGGAGGGACUGUCUUUUUUACAUGAAAAGGCUGGGAUGUGCCACAACAACAUCAGUCUGGAGUCCGUGUUUGUUACUGAGACGGGUCAGUGGAAGCUAGGGAGUAUGGAGCAUGCCUGUAAGUUUGGGGACGCUACUCCCCAGUACCUCAGUGCAGCCAGGAAACAGAGGAGUCCAAAGGCUCUCGCACCAGAGGAAAGGGAGGAGAAUAUGAAGGCUGCUCCAGAACUUGCCUUUGCACGGGAUGUGUAUGCUUUUGCUGUAAUGGUGGAGGAACUGUUGGAAAAACUUGAGGACUUAGGGGAUAUGACAAAGACAUUUGAGCUGAGGAUCCAAGAUGAGUGUUUAAAUCCGGACCCCAAAGCCCGGCCCAAGCUAGAGGCUCUACUGAAUGACCGAUUGUUCAGAAAUGACUUCAUAACCAUCUCAAGAUUUCUACAAGACAUCACAUUAAAGUCACAGAAAGAGAAGAAGGAAUUUUUUGAAGAUGUAAUGGAGCGACUGUACAAGAUUCCUGAGGAGACAGUGGGCAAAUGUUUGGCUCGGAGUCUACUGUGUCGCUUUGUCCUGCUCGAUGUAGAUGCAAAGUGCCAUCUCAUUCCUAACAUACUGGUUCCAUACCGUGAUGCCAAGCGCCAGACUCCUAAAACAGGGGAGGUUGCUCCUCUAUUCAGUGUGUCCACCUACAGGACCUACAUGAUCCCCGAGAUUUACCGCGUGUUCCAUUGUCAUGACUACCACAUACGGAUGACCCUCCUCACCUACUUUCCACACUACAUAGAUCUGUUUGAGAAGGAAAACCUUGAAGAAACCAUUUUACCACAGGUUUUAUUGGGACUACGAGAUACAAAUGAAGAUCUUGCUGCUCUCAGUCUGCGAAGUCUUGCUGAACUUGUACCAUUACUCGGACGCCAGAUGGUGAUUGGUGGAAAAGCCAAAACCUACUUUAAAAAAGGCAUGCCAAAGUCUGUAAAGAAACAACAUCAGCAAAGUAAUGGAGAUCCAGUAUUCAGCUCUAUUGAUAACAUAACAGGCACAAAGGAGGGCGUGUUCAGCUCCGUCAAUGAUGUGAUGGGAAAACCACUCCUCAAGGAUCUGGCCAGACUCAGUAAAAGUUACACAGUUGCUGCAAGAGAAAGCGAAGCUGAAAGUAAAAGAAAAGCAAGAGAACAAAGACAGCAGGAGGCAAUGCUGAAGAAGGAAAAACGAAGACAGGAAAGACAGAUGAAGGCUGAGAAGAUUGCGCUGAGUGAAGGUGACGAGAUUGUGGCAUAUAGUGGUGAAGAUGUUAUUGAAGUACACACACCCAAGUUAACAGAGGGAGACUCGCACACCGACGGAGAUAUAGCCCACUCAGGUGAUAGUCUGGACGACGAGGUCUCUCAUGAUCUUGAUCCUGAGGACUGGACUGGCUGGGAUGAGAGCAAUGAGGAUGAAUUUGAUGGAGAUGAUAAGGAAUUUAAUCAAUUUGACUCUGAACCUGUGUUAAAUGAUCGGGGGACCAAACCUGUGAUAAAUGAUCGGGGGACAGAACACAGGUCAGCUGUGGUCGACACAGUGGACUGGGAUUCUGAUUGGACAGCAACUGAUAAAACUCAUGAAGACAGUAGUGGUUCUGAUACAACAUAUAAUCCUAGAAACAACCUCAAAAACAAUUUGUCAAAAACGGGAAAGUCAUCGUCUGCUCUAUCCUUAAAAUCUGGAAAGAAGCCCAAACCAAAAACGAACACCUCAGCACUUGGUUCUGAGUAUAUAAUGGAGAUCGAAGUGAAGAAGAUACAGGCAGAAAAGGAAGUGAUUGAUUUCUUUGCAGAUAUGACUCCAGAUAUAACCAGUACAUCUAUUACUGCUGUUAAAGAGCCCACUACAGCUGCUUCAGUUGUCAAGGAAACCGAAUCAGCUGCUACAGUUGUCAAGGAGACUGAUGACAAGAGCAAGACCACACCAACAAUAAGCUUGAAGUACACUGUUACAGAAACAGAGGAUACUACUGGAGACGGAGGCUGGGGAGAGGAUGUAGAUUGGGAUGAUAGUCAGUUCUAACAAUCGUGGUAGUCAAUGGUAUCUCCUCCACAAGGAUCCUAAUGGUCAGUGUUGUUGCCAUGCAAAUACUUCAGUCACUGGUGUCAAUACGAGGAUCAUAAUGGUCGGUGGUCACUGGUGUCACCUCAAGGAUCGUAAUGGUCAGUGGUGUCACCUCGAGGAUCCUUAUGGUCAAUGGUAUCACCGUGAGGCUGGGGAGAGGAUGUAGGAAUGAUGGUCAUUUCUAACACUCCUGGCAUAAAAUCAUGUCGCUCUGACAGGCAAGCAUUUUGUGAGAAAAAAUGAAGUCAAAAUGUUGGGUAAUACUUAUUGCAAUAUAAAUUUAAUAUUUGUUUUAUUUUAUUUCCGUUUGUAGAGAAAUCAUUGAAACGCUCAUAAUUUCAUAGUAUGGAAAAAAUACUAAAGGCCCAUGCAUGGAUGAGGGCAUUAAACUUUAUUCCUCAUUUUCAAAUACUGAAAUAGUGAAGGCUGCAAUUUUUUGUAAACUUCAUAAAAGUCUGCAUCAUAGGAAUAUUUGAUGUGUGCUGCUGUAUAUACAGGUUUAUUUACUACUGAGUUUCCGUCUAUACAAUCAUUUCUGAAACUGAUCUCUUUUUAUCAUUAUAUAUCAUAAAUACAAAAUCAUUCCCUAUCUGGAUUCACAAUUGGGUCCAUCAGACCAGCCAAUAUCUACUUGCACAGGUUAGUUUUCUAGGGUCCAUUGGCUAUGAUGUAAAGUUAAACUGUAGCACUAACUACGUCAUGCAUGCCUGAUUGAAAGAGAAUACCUAUGUGGUCAGAGAAUGCCUGUGUGGGUGAGAAAAUACCACUGUGUGAUUAAGAGAAUGCCUGUGAGGUUGAGAGAAUGUCUAUGGUUGAGAGAAUGCCUGUGAGGUUGAGAGAAUGUCUGUAUGGUUGAGAGAAUGCCUGUGAGGUUGAGAGAAUGUCUGUAUGGUUGAGAGAAUGCCUGUUUGGUUGAGAGAAUGUCUGUAUGGUUAAGAGAAUGCCUGUGAGGUUGAGAGAAUGUCUGUAUGGUUGAUAGAGUGCCUGUGAGGUUGAGAGAAUGUCUGUAUGGUUGAGAGAAUGCCUGUGAGGUUGAGAGAAUGUCUGUAUGGUUGAGAGAAUUCCUGUGAGGUUGAGAGAAUGCCUGUUUGGUUGAGAGAAUGCCUGUGAGGUUGAGAGAAUGUCUGUAUGGUUGAGAGAAUGCCUGUAUGGUUGAGAGAAUACCUGUAUGGUUGAGAGAAUGCAUGUAUGGCUGAGAGAAUACAUGUAUGGUUAAGAGAAUACCUGUAUGGCUGAGAGAAUGCCUGUAUGGUUGAGAGAAUGUCUGUAUGGUUGAGAGAAUACCUGUUUGGUUGAGAGAAUACCUGUAUGGUUGAGAGAAUGUCUGUGUAAUUGAGAGAAUGCCUGUGUGGUUGAGAGAAUACCUGUAUGGUUGAGAGAAUACCUGUAUGGUUGAGAGAAUGCCUGUGUGAUUGAGAGAAUACCUGUGUGAUUGAGAGAACACUUGCAUAAUUGUUGAGUGAAGGAAUCAGAGAACACCUGUGUAAUUGAAAGUAAGGAAAUCAAGGAACUGAGCAGACUGUCAUCUCUUAGCUGUCCUAAAUGCAGUUGUACAUUGUAGCAAAUUAUACUGAUGUAAAUAACGUGGGUUUUUUUAAUACUUAAUUUCUUCAUUUGAUGCAAGAUCACCAUUUCUGCAGUAUAUAGUGAAUUUGUGGUGCUGAUAGUGUGUGCUAUCUGAUCUUAUAAAAGGUCUGUGCAUUUAAAUUGUGAGGGACUGGAAACAGGUAUUUAUUGUGAAACAGUGAUGUGAAUAGUCUGUCUAUAUACUCCAAUAUACUGGUGAUGUAUAAAACCAAGCUGUGAACUCGUGUAAAAACAGUGAUGGUGGUGCUUUGUUUUUAUUUCUUAACAUUAAUAAGAAGACUGGAAGUUUGCCAUCGAGUAUGCAAUGUUGAAGAUUAUACGUAAACGGAGUAGCUAUGUUUCUUUAAGAGAAUGGAUGCCAUAAUGUAGUUUCUGAAGGACUUGAUAGUUUUUACUUAAUUUUGUAUGCUAUUUUGCUUAUGUGUAUGUAGAUUAAACAAAUAAGUUAAUGUCUUUUUAGGAAGUAUGAAUAUAAAGUUCAAAUUUAAA